UCAACUCUGUCAUUUUGUUAUCGUCAAUUUUGACAGCUAUUUAUAGUCUCUUUUCUAGUUCCGAUUGCCAAUAUGGGUGUCGACAUCAACCAUAAACAUGAUAGGAAAGUUCGGCGCACCGAAGUUAAAUCUAAAGAUGUGUACUUGAGACUACUCGUCAAGCUAUACAGAUACUUAGCCAGGCGCACAGAUGCCAAGUUUAACCAGAUCAUUUUGCGUCGGUUAUUCAUGAGUAGAAUUAACCGUGCUCCAAUCUCCCUCUCUCGCUUGGCACGUCACAUGAAGAAGCCUACUCGCGAGGGUCUGAUCAGUGUGGUAGUCGGCACAGUCACUAACGAUGUUAGGCUGUUCAAUGUACCAAAACUCACAGUAGCUGCCCUGCAUGUAACUGAGAAGGCCCGAGCCCGUAUCUUAGCUGCUGGAGGUGAAAUCCUGACUUUUGACCAACUUGCACUUCGCGCACCUACUGGACGCAAGACUGUGUUGGUACAAGGUCGCAGAAACGCGCGUGAAGCAGUCCGCCACUUCGGGCCAGCACCUGGUGCUCCACGCUCACACACAAAGCCCUAUGUACGAACAAAGGGACACGAGCACGCAAAACCCAGCCGCCGUUCAAAUGUGUAAUCUUGUUAAUAUAAGGACUACUAUCUA